AUUGUUAAAUUAUAAUUUAUGAGUGUUUAAUUAAUACCUACUUAGUUCGUCUAUCCAAUAACCAUCCUCAAAUUAUUAUGUUUAUUCAUCCAUUGAUUAUAAAUUAACAUCAUUUAUUAUGUUAUACUAGUUACAAAAGCCACAGUUCAUAGUUAUCACUCUUCAGUUAUUAUUAGAGACUAGAGUUCCUACAUUACAUUAAACAUUUUAUGUUUUCAUUCAUAGACUAAGCAUAGUUUUUGUUGUUCUAUCAAUAAUUUAAUAAAAUUUUUAAUUUUAAAAGUCUAAAUAUUUCUGUUAAAACAAUGUCUAAGUUCAACUAUGACCCACAUAAAAUAUAUGAAAUCGGUUUCAUUGGGUCAGGAAAUAUGGCUCAAGCCAUUGGACUUGCUUUUAUCAAAAAAGGUAUAUGUAAAGCUGAAAAUUUAAUUGUAUCAUCGCCUUCGGAAACUAAUAAAAAAGUAUGGAGAGAUAUUGGUGCAGCUGUAACAACUGAUAAUAAUGACGUGUUUUGUAAUACUAAAAUAGUGUUUUUAGCAAUAAAACCCCAAUAUUUUCCUAAGGUUGUAUCAGAAUUAUUUAUAAAAGCUUUGGGUUCCUUAGAAAUUUUAAUUUCAAUUAUGGCUGGAAUACCACUAAAUACAUUACAAGAGGCAUUCAUGUUAGAACCUAGCGUUAUAUUCAAAGUUAUGCCAAAUACACCUAGUUUAAUCGGAGAAGGAUUUUCAGCAAUUUCUCAUUUAAAUGAAGCUAAAUUGGAGGAAAUUGCAGUGACUUUGCCAAAAGUUAAAUUGUUAAUGAGUGCUGUUGGCGGUGUAGAAGUUAUACCAGAAUCAUUAAUGAAUGCAGCUGGAGCAAUUUCGGGUUCUGGUCCUGCUUAUGCGUUUCUUAUAAUUGAAGCAUUGGCUGAUGGUGGUGUAAAACAAGGUCUUCCACGUGACUUAGCUGUACGUUUAGCAGCUAGUGCUAUGGUAGGAGGAAGUCGUAUGGUUUUAGAAACCGGAAAACAUACUGGCCAACUAAAGGAUAUGGUAACAUCUGCUGGAGGGUCAACAAUUGCAGCUUUACAUGCUUUAGAAAAAGGAGGCGUUAGAUUUGCCAUGAUGGAUGCAGUUGAAGCAGCUACCAAUAGAUCAAAGGAAAUGGGAGAAAAAAAAUAAUAGUUAAAGUUGCAUUUUAUCUUUUUAUAAUUUGUAAUUUAAUUAUAAUAGUUAACUGUUU